GGGCAGUGAUAGAACGUUUUCUUGGUCUUAUUCAUGUUGUUGAUACUACUGCUCUUUCUUUGAAAAGUGCCGUAGACGAUUUCUUUUCCAAACAUGGUUUGUCAAUUUCUAAAUUACGUGGUCAAGGAUAUGAUGGAGCAUCGAAUAUGCGUGGUGAGCUCAAUGGUCUGAAAACUCUAAUUUUGAAUGAAAAUCCAUGUGCUAGAUACAUACAUUGUUUUGCUCAUCAAUUGCAAUUGAUUGUUGUCUCAGUUUCGGCGGUUAAUCGCUUUGUGAGUGAUUUUUUUGAAUUUUUGAGUAUGAUUACUAACAUGGUUGGAGCUUCUUGCAAAAGAAAAGAUGAGUUUAGACAGAUACAAGAGGAAAAGUUAGUGGAAAUGUUAGAGAAGGGAGAAAUAGAAACUGGAAGAGGUUUGAACCAAGAAUGCUCCUUAGCUCGGCCAGGAGCUACACGGUGGGGUUCUCAUUAUACUACCAUCCUUCGACUGCUAUUACUAUGGUCUCCCACUCUUGAAGUACUAGGUAAGAUAUAUGACGAUGGUGCUGAUUUUAAAAGUAGAGGAUUGGCAGGAAGUUUAAUUGAGAAAAUGGAGAGUUAUUAUUUUGUUUUUUGUUGCCCAUGUGAUGAAAAAAGUAUUAGGCUUGACAUAUGUUUUGUCUAAGUUUUUGCAACAAAAAAAUCAGAAUAUUCUUGAGGCUGUUAGUUUAGUUCAAAGUACAAAAGAAAAGCUGCAAGAUUUGAGGGAAACUGGGUGGGAAAGUCUUGUUAAUGAUGUGAACCAAUUUUGUGAUAAACAUGGUAUCACAAUUAUUAAUUUGGAUGAUCCUGCUACACACAUUCGGUCAAGGCGUGUUGGAGGAGAUAAAACACUAUCUUCGAUAUGAGGUCUUAUAUGAGGUUAUCGACAAAAUUCAAAUGGAGAUGGACACUCGUUUCAGUGAGACUGGGACACAAUUGCUUAAGUGUAUAACAUGUCUUGAUCCCAAGAACAAUUUCUCCAAUUUUUGUGAGGCAAAGUUAAUUGAGCUUGCAUCAUUAUAUCCAAAUGAUUUCACAAAUCUAG